UGUGCCACCGGGACUAAACAAACAAGUACGUACGUCAGCCACAUCGAGUUCAAAUUUGAAACGACACAUCGAGUUACGCCAUCCGAGCUAUCUUGGCAAAUAUCUGCGACUGAAUGAUGAACGCAAGAAAUCAUUAACGAAGAGAGGACCGCCGCCAAGCACACCCACCCAAGUUAAGCUCACUGCAUUUAGUAAAGGACCUGCUGUUCACUGUUUACUUCCUUUUGAAGGUGUGAAAAUGUGUUGGUUGAGUAUUGCACAUUAAGCAGGGUAAGCCCAAGCUAAGUUUACAUUACAGUACAUGACUACUUUGGUCUGGUUUACAUAGUUACUGCCGUUCAGAAUAUGCUGGAUUUUUGUCAGUAGACUGAUCUUUUCCCCAUGAACCUGAAUAUACCUUAUUUUUAAGUCCUGUAAUUUGGUUCAUGCUGGCUAAAUAAAAGUUUCACUGAACAUACAGUAUACCUUGACUGCACCUUGUUUUUUCCAAUUUCUACAUAUCAUGAUUACACAUUAUUUAAGGGGUAAAUAUUAUUUUUCUCCUGGCUAUAAUAAUUGUCUCUUGUUUAUUGGUACAAUAAUUUUGAUUAGUUUUGGAGUUGCAGUGAUUUGCAGCUGGUAAUGGAUGGUAAAGAGGUUCUAUUGAGUAAGAUAGUGGCCUAUCUUAAAAAGAAUUUAACAAAUGAACGUGAACUAGUUCAUUUUUAGAUAUGUGAACUUAGUUCAUUUAAAAAAAAAAAGAACUAUGAACAUGAACUAGUUCAUUAUCAUCUGUGUGAACUGAACUUUGAGCUAGUUCUCUUUAGGUAUGAACUGGCACAACACUGGCGCCUCCCUUACCUUUAGGACAUCAGUGUUUUUCAACACCAAAUUUGAGAAUUUCAUGCAAGAUUUGUUUCUUGUUAACCUUAACCUCACUGAGGAGGGAACAGAUGUAAUUGUGUCAAAAUUCACAAAUGUGUACAUUACGUUUGAAGUCGGAAAGGUCACAUUUGUGGAGCUCCCGGAGUAUUUUGAACCUGGCUCAAUGAUUAAUGGAAAGAUCUUAGCAUCUUUUUUCAAUGGGACUCCAAUUGCGAACAAAGCGUUAUAUCUCCUGGAUGUUAACAGGUGGCCUUAUGAACUGCUGCUAAAUCUGACCGCAAACCAGAAUGGUCUGGCCACGUUCUCUCUCAAUACUUCUAAUAUUGAAGCUGAUCUGAAUCUGAGGGCAAGUGCAACUCCAGCGGAUAAUUACAAUUAUAAAUCGCCAUACUACAGUACCGAUAUGAGGUUUGUUCAGCGCCGAUCUGCUACUCCUGACAGCCGAACAUUCAGUGAACUGACUAUAGUGAAUCUUGAGCAGCCGUUGAAAUGUGGUGCUGCGCUUCCAGUGACGGUCAAAUAUUCUUUUGUUGGAGAAACUGGCAACUACAAUGCUGACAUCAUCUAUAUGGUCUUGUCCAGAGGAGUGAUCGUCCUCCAUGGAUUUCAGACAGUCACAGCGAGGGCUUCUAAUAAAGUCACGAGUGGCUCCGUGUCAUUCCAGCUGUCUGUCAGUGUUGACAUGGCUCCAGCGGUGCAGAUUCUGGUCUACUGCGUUCUGCCCAGUGAUGUAGUUGUUGGUACUGCAUCUUUUAACACUGAAAAGUGUUUCCAAAACAAGGUGUCUCUGAAGUUCUCUCCUGCUACAGCUGUUCCUGGUGAGGGAAACGUGUUGACCGUUUCUGCUCAAGCAGGAUCUCUGUGUGGCCUCAGUGCUGUAGAUCAGAGCAUCCAGAUCAUGGAGCCAGGAAGACGUCUGAGUGCUGAAAUGGUGUUCGACAUGCAACCUGUGCGAUUGUCAUCAGGUUAUCCAUACGGCGUUGAGGAUGAACAGGAGUGCCUGAGGUUUCGACUCCGUCGAGCUGUUCCUACAGAUCAUGCCUAUACAAGUUUCAUGAGUGUGGGGAUGAAGCUUGCAACAAAUCUGAAUGUACGCGAACCUGUCUGCCUGACGUACAAAGACCUGACAUAUUUUCGACACUUCCCCAUGUACUAUGGGGGAGUACAGCCAUUUGCAGAGGCUGCCAUGGCCCCUGCAAUGCCCCCUGCUCUGGAACCUGCUCCAGUAGCAGAAAGUAGUGAUAGCAGCGCCACCUAUGAUGUGACCGUCAGGACUUACUUUCCAGAAACGUGGAUCUGGCAACUUGCUGAAGUGGGAGCUACUGGAUCCACACAAGUUCCCCUCAAGGUUCCUGACACCAUCACCACAUGGGAGACGGAGGCGUUCUGUCUGUCCUCCAAAGGUUUUGGUCUCGCUCCUCCUGCUCGGCUGACCGUCUUCCAGCCCUUCUUCCUAGAGCUCUCCCUGCCGUACUCCAUCGUCCGUGGGGAGUCUUUUGAGCUGAAGGCCACGGUCUUCAGCUAUCUGUCCAAAUGCAUCAUGAUUCGAGUAACUCCAGCUCAGUCAUCGGCCUUUACUCUAAAACCAUUGAAUGAUCCUUAUUCAUCCUGUCUCUGUGCCAAUGGGAGAAAAACCUUUAAAUGGGGUUUCGCAGCUUCUGUUCUCGGAGCUGUCAAUGUGACGGUCAAUGCUUCAGCUGAACAAUCCCAGACUCUGUGUGGCAAUGAGGUUGUGACCGUGCCAACAAGGGGAUGUGUUGAUGUAGUCACUCAAAGUCUACUUGUCCUGCCUGAAGGAGUUGAGAGAACAAACACCCAGAAUUGGUUACUGUGUCCAAAGGGAAAUGUUCUUUCUGAAGACGUGACUCUGACAUUUCCAACAAACAUGAUCCAGGGAUCAGCCAAAUGCUCCGUUUCAGUCCUUGGAGACCUAUUAGGUCGUGCACUGAAGAAUCUGGAUAGGUUAUUACGGAUGCCGUAUGGCUGCGGAGAACAGAAUAUGGGUGUUCUUGCUCCCAAUAUUUACAUUCUGCAGUACCUGGAAGUGACAGUGCAGCUCACUGCAGCCAUCCGAGAGAGAGCCAUGGGCUACCUUCAGAGAGGAUACCAAGGACAACUGAACUACAAGCACAAUGAUGGUUCAUAUAGCACAUUUGGUUUUGAUGAAUCAAAUACAUGGUUGACCGCCUUUGUCCUGAGGACUUUUGGUCUAGCGAGGCAAUUUAUCUUCAUUGAUCCGAAUGUCCUGCAGAGCGCAAAGGAUUGGUUGAUCAGCAAGCAGGGUUCAGAUGGCUGUUUCAUGCAGCAGGGAACUUUGUACCACUAUGAAAUGAAGGGUGGAGUUGAUGAUAAUGUCACCAUGACUGCCUACAUCAUUGCAUCACUGCUUGAACUAGGUGUCCCCACCACGGAUCCUGUCAUCACCAACGCUCUGUCAUGCUUGAGGCCUGUCGUUGGGAACUUAAGAAACACUUACGUUACAGCUCUGCUGGCCUACACCUUCAGUCUUGCUGGGGAGACCAGCACUCAAUCACAGCUUUUAACCUCCUUAAACGAUAAUGCCAUUUCUGAAGGUUCAAAGCUCCAUUGGUCUCGGACUUCAUCUGGUGAUACUCUGGCGGUGGAGAUCAGCUCUUAUGUGCUGCUAGCGGUUCUCACUAAACAGCCUCUCACGACUGCAACUCUGAGCUAUGCUAACCGCACUGUCAACUGGCUCGUGACCCAGCAGAAUCCCUAUGGAGGCUUCACCUCCACCCAGGACACUGUGGUGGCUCUUCAUGCCCUGUCUGUGUAUGCUGCUAAAGUGUUCAGUGUGGAUGGCUCCAGUACUGUUACUGUACAGUCCUCGGUGGCAGGAGGAGAGUCUUAUAGCUUCACCGUGAAUCGGGACAACAGGCUGCUGUAUCAGGAGAAGCCGCUGAAGAACAUUACUGGCAAAUAUAGUGUUAAAGCAUCAGGGUCCUCCUGUGUGUCUGUGCAGAUCGCAUGUUUCUACAACAUCCCGACACCUAUUAAAGUUGUCAGAGCACUGAGUGUCGAAGCAAAGGUGAAGGGAGACUGCCGACCGCUUGGAGCCAAUCUCAUGUUGAACUUCACCGUGAAUUACAAUGGUCCAAAAGAAAGUACUAACAUGGUUAUCGUGGACACUAAACUCCUGUCUGGCUUCACGGCAGAUACGUCACUGCUUGGAUCUCCACCCAAAUCGUUUGCCCCGCUAGUGGAGCGGGUUGAUGCUGAAGAUGAUCGUGUUCUAGUUUAUCUGAAAGAGGUUCUCAAACAAUUCCCCAUAACUUACACUCUACGACUGAAUCAGGUUCUUGCAGUGAAAAAUCUCAAGCCAGCGGUCAUCAACGUUUAUGACUACUAUCAGACAAGUGAUCAGUUUGAGACGACCUACGCAUCCCCCUGUCCAUGAUUGUGCUGUAGUACUGGCCACAAAACAUGAAUCAAAUAAAACUUGUUUUUAAACAAUC